UGUUCAAUUGGUAUAAUUCGUUUGAAUAUUUAAUUUCACGAUUUUAUACUCAAUAAAAGAGAUGUUUUCCGGGAUCGAAUUCAGUAUUACGAAUUGUUUUCCUAUCGGAAAAGUCGACUGGUUCGAGUUGUAUCAAAGUGUAGUAGGCAUUGUGUAAUUUACAGACGGCAAAAUGAAAAGAUUCGCGUUAUUCGCCGGCGUUUUAGUUUUAACGGUAUGGAUGCUCGAUGCAAUUCCAGUAGAUUCCGAUUCCUCCGAGUCGGGCAGCGGUGAGUCGGACGAAGACUGGCCGGCACAAGAGCAAUGUCCGGGAGUGAAAGCUUUGAAGUUUAAACCGACUAAUUUACCCACUACAGCUGCGUUUAAAUUAUACGUAGGCAGAAUUAUGACAUCACCAUACACACCGGUAGAAGAUCCCACUGGCCCGAAUAAUUUAUGCAGUCCUUUGAGUUACGUGAUUGAUUCUUGCCAAGGAACUGAAAUUUACGUAAAAAUAAACUCAGAUGGUAGUAAAGUUGUAAAAAUGGCUGCCUAUAACAAAAUAACCAAUAAUGCGGCAUGUUAUACGCAAACAGCUGAACAGCAAGAACCAAAAUACCAUAUUUUCAAAGCCAAAGUUAACCAAAUGGCUCUUAUCGACGAUAAAGGAGAAAUUCACGAAGUUCCAACUAUUCCUGGAGAGGUCUUGAAACUUGAAGAAACCAUGAUAACUACUUUGAAAUAUGGAAAAGAUUUAGCUUAUGCCAUUUACUCAUCUUGCUUGAAGAAUGCUGUCUGGGUUGCCUAUGCUGAACGAGUAGUGAAAGAAAACUUAAUCGAUAGCCUGAAAGCAGAAGUUGAUCAAGCAUUGACGGAUCUUGGAUUUGAGCCAUCUAAAUUCGUAGAUGUACCAACUUCGAUACCGAUUAAUCUCGAUAAAUGUUUCGUUGAAGCUACAGUUCCGGUAGCUGUUUGAUUAUAAGUACAUGUAGAUGAUUCGACGAAUGUAUUUUGACCGAAUAAAGCAUUUUCAAUGACGA